UACAUUGGUUCCACCAAGGAGGUUGGCGCAAACCGUGUUAUCUUUGGUGAAGCUGUCAACUUGGUGCUGGACAAGCUUAGCAAGGAGGAGGCUGCCGAGAAAGUCAUGGGUAUCGACAGUGAUCUCGAGGGUUCCACUGGUCUCGGGGUUAUCCACCAAAAGCACCCUGAGGUAUUCGUUCCAUCUGGUAUCAUGGAACGUGGAACGUGGAAACUUCUCGACAGCUGCCGGUUUCGGUUUCGACGCGAACAAGUUUGGUGUCUUCUCAACGUUCUCUGCUUUCCUUGAGAUGGUUAUCUCUGAGGUCACCAUGGCCCGCUUGAACAACUGCAAUGUUCUUAGUCACCUCUCGCACUCUGGUGUUAAUGAGAUGGCCGACAACACUUGCCACUUCGGUAUCAACUCCUUCUUCGCCGACAAUGGUCUCUCCGAUGUUCAGUCGUGGCUCUACUUCCCUGCCGACCCAUUGCAGAUGGUGGCUGUCAUCCAGCGCGUCUUCUUCGAGCGUGGUCUCCGCUUCGCCUUCUCCACGCGGUCGAAGGUGCCUUACAUCCUCAAGGAGGACGGUACCAAGUUCUUCGGCGACGGUUACGAGUUUGUGCCUGGAAAGGACGAGACGAUCGUCGAGGGCAAGGCUGGAUACGUUGUCUCUUUCGGUGAGAUGCUCUACUGCUCGUGGGACGCUGUCCUGCGCUGCCGCAAGGAAGGCCUGGAUGUUGGCUUGAUCAACAAGCCUACGCUCAACUUGGUUGUUGAGCAAACGCUGAGGAAGAUCGCCUCCAGCCCCUUUGCUAGACAUUCGAAUUUCUACAUUCUUCCACUGUAUCUGACGAAUUAAAUGAAUCCAUUUUUCUUUUGACGCGAGGUCGUUGGACGCUCGGGUAUUAUCGAAUUUCUUGC